AUGCAUGUCGUCUGGCUAGUGGCUAAGGCAACUUCACAUGACAAGCAACUGAGAUAGAGUUGGUUCAGUUUAAGCUAAUGUGUUUAUUCUAACAUUACCAAUUUAAAGCAGCUUCAAAGCUCGAAUACGGUAACGUGUAUGGUUAAACAUAUUGCAUGUAACCAUUUCGUACAAUAUUUAUGCAUGGAAGAGCGAUUGCAGUUCCUUGUUUCAUCUUGCCUUACUUGCCCAUAGUAGUUUCUCUUGUAUUGUCGUGUAACAUGAGAUGUUGAUCUCGCAGAUUAUCCUAGAUUUCUUGUAAUCACAUAGCUGAGGCCUUAUGUGGACGCUAGACAUACAGGAUGACAACUGGGAAGAAAAACAUUGACCAGAAGGUGCUGCAGUAUGAAACGUUUAUCAACGAGGUGUUGAAAAGAGAUUUGCAGAAAGUGUUGGAGCAAAGAGAUGAUGUGUACGAAAAGAUUGCCCAGUAUCUUCAGUUAAAAAAUACAAUUGAAACCAUACAGGAUUCUGGGAGUAGUGAUCUUAAGACAGAGGUGGAUCUUGGAUGCAAUUUCUAUGUCCAAGCUCAUGUGCCUGAUGCCUCAAAAAUAUUUGUGGCUGUGGGAUACGGAUUUUUUGUGGAGUUCACACAUGCAGAAGCCCUGAAGUUCAUUGAGAAGAAGACUAGUCAGCUCACAGCAUAUUCAGAGGUGCUAACUAAAGAUUCAGCCAAAAUUAAGGCAAAUAUUCGCAUGGUACUAGAGGGCCUCCGAGAGCUUCAGGGUUUGACUGAUCUUCCUGAGGCAAGGAGAAGAGAGGUCCUGUAGAGCUGUUGUAUGCUUUGGUAUUGGGCUUCAUGUAAUGUUUCAAACAUAGUCUUGUCUGUGCAAUAAAAUCUCACUCACUGUUAAAAGUGGCCUCCCAAUGGGUGCACCAAUGAUGUUUUAAUGUUGCUGUCUAGUUUGCAGUGAUUAAAGUCUAUAUUUUUUAA